AUGGGGAGAAGAAGUGGAGGGGCAGAGGGGGGUGUGGAUGGGAAGAUACAGGUGCAGAUUGUGGAGAAGUUGUGGAAGGCGAGGAGGGAGCUUGCUGUUGGACGUCGUUAUAUGCGUUUCUUCCGUUUCAUCAAGAACUUCUCAAAAGCAUGGGAUAGUUUGUUAAAUGAAGAUGGGAUGAGGAUGUUGAUUAAUGUGGGCAAAUCGGGAUUUAUGGGUGCUUAUUUGGGAUUGGAAAGUCUCACCAUCUUAGAUAUUAUGGGUGUAUGCAAUACCCCUUGGUCCUCUACAUGUGCUCUUGAGGGCAAUAAAUUUUGGUUCUACUCACUGAGUAUAUCGAUAUUUGGAGGGCUAUGGGAUCUUUACCAUCUGGUUGUCAACAACGACACAACACCGAAACUCAACCCACAGGAAAAUAUGCAUGAUCCAGAUCUAGCAACAAAAACAGUCGAUAGCACACAGAUUAUCGAGGAACGGCCAGGAAAGAAUAAGAAAAAAGAGAAAUUCAAGACUGAAAUAUUGCUGAAAAUUAUUGAGAAUGCAGCUGAUCUUUUUCAACCUGGAGCGGGAACGGGGUGGAUCGUUAGUGAUAGGGGUAUAGUAGGUGUGAUGACUGUUAUUAGUACAGUACUUAGCUCGAGGGAUAUUUGGAGGAGAGUUGGGGAUCAAAAAGGAAGAAGGGUAGGGGGGAACGGGGAAGAAUUAGAACGGAGGUAG